CAGAAGCAGGUGUUAACCUCACUGGAGAGAGACUGCAAAGUUAGUGUAACAGCGGGAACAUGAAGCUGCCACUCUUGGUGUUUACUGUGUAUCUACUGUGGUUGAAAGAUUGUCACUGUGCACCUACUUGGAAAGACAAAACUGCUAUCCAUGGAAACCUGAAGGGUUUUUCUGAGGCUGGGGAGAUAGAUGUAGAUGAAGAAGUGAAGAAGGCUUUGAUUGGUAUGAAGCAGAUGAAAAUCUUGAUGGAAAGGAGAGAGGAGGAACAUACCAAUCUGAUGAAAACCGUGAAGAAAUGCAGAGAAGAAAAGCAGGAGGCCCUGAAACUUAUGAAUGAAGUUCAAGGACAUCUGGAAGAGGAAGAAAGGCUAUGCCAAGAGUCUUUAACAGAUUCCUGGGAUGAAUGCAAACCUUGCCUGGAAAAUGAUUGCAUGAGAUUUUAUACAACCUGCCAACCUAGUCGGUCCUCUACGAAAAAUACGAUUGAACAGUUUUUCAGGAAGAUAUAUCAAUUUCUGUUUCCUUUCUAUGAAGAUAAUAAAAAUGAUCUCCCCGUCAAUGAAAAGGUCAUGGAGGAAGAUGCACAGCUGGUCCAAAUAGAGCAUGUGUUCAGCCAGCUGACUGUGGAUGUGAGAGUUCUCUUUAACAGGAGUUUUAACGUCUUCAAACAGAUGCAGCAAGAAUUUGACCAGGCUUUUCAGUCAUAUUUCAUGUCAGAUACAGACUUAACUGAGCCUUACUUUUUUCCAGCUUUAUUCAAAGAACCAACAAAAAAGGCAGAUCUUAUGCAAAGUUGGGAUGUUCCCAGCUUCUUCCAGCUGUUUCGUAAUAUCAGUCUCUCCAUUUAUCAAAGCGUCAGUGAAACAAUUACUGAGACGCUGAAUGCAAUAGAGGAUUCACCAAAACAAGACAAAGAUGCUGACCCUAGAGGCCUGAAUUCAAAGAUAAUGCCUGUGCGGGACAGAGGACUGUGUGGAGAACUUGGCCAGAAUUUCUCGGAAUGUUUCCAAUUUCAUGCAAGAUGCCAAAAAUGUCAAGAUUACCUGUGGGAAGGCUGUCCUGAUGUACCUGAACUACAUGCAAAAGUAGAUGAGGCCCUUAAAUUGGUCAACAUAUCCAAUCAGCAAUACGGCCAGAUUCUCCAGAUGAUACAGCAUCACUUGGAGGACACUACAUAUUUGAUGGAGAAGAUGAGAGAGCAAUUUAGCUGGGUGACUGAACUGGCAAAUCAGACUCCAGGACCUGAGAACAUCUUCAAUUCCAUAAAGGUAGUCCCAGGUGUUCUUCAAGGAAAUUUUUCCAAAGAAGAUGAAAUGAUGAUAGACUUAAACAUUCUGCCUUCCUCCAAUUUCACCUUCAGGAUCCCUCUUGAAGAAAGUGCUGAGAGUUCUAACUUCAUUAGCUACAUGCUGUCAAAAGCUGUACAACAUUUUAAGGAACAUUUUAAAAUUUGGUAAG